UAUAACGCGGUUAUUAAUGCGUUAUAACUAAAUGCCAAAUUUGCCCGAGACCCUGUAUCUUUUCCCCCUAUAACUCAAACCUAAGGCUAAAACCCUGCAACAGCCGUUCAUUCUGACACCAUUACAGACCUACUUUUGAGGUACGGUAGUCUCUAGGCUGGAUCAGGUGGGUGGUGAACGAAGCUCAAAAGAUUUCUUGAAAGUUGCGAAAGAGAACAUCACAUCAAAGUUUAUAAUGUUCAAAACAUUGACUUCUUGAAAGUUAUAUAUAAAAAGAUUGGUUCAGAUAUUGGGGAGUUUGAACCUCUGCCCUACUUUCAUACCAUGUCUGAUUUAUUGUACUGUCGUUAAUGAAAAGAGUGUUACAUAAAUUAGAAAGGACGGAGUAUUUAUUUUAGGCGAUCUUUGAAGCUCUACCUACUUUGAUACCAUGUCGGACUUAUAGCCUAUUUGGCCGAAGUUUCUUUAGAGGCAAAAAUACUUCUUUUUUUUUUUUUGUCAAAACUAUUUUUUUUCUAAAAUUAAAGUGUUUGGCCAAGUUUUUGAAAGGAAAAAAAGUAUUUUUUGAGAGAAGUAGAAGCAGAAAUAAGUAGCUUCUCUUUAAAAAACACUUUUUUGAAAAGUACUUUUGAGAAAAAUACACUUAGAAACAGUUUUUUAAAGUUUGGCCGAACACUAAUUGUUGCUCAGAAGUGAUUUUCAAAUUAAUUAGCCAAAAUCAAACUGCUUCUCGCGCAAAGAACUUUUGAGAAAACAUUUUUGAAAAAAAAUAAUUCCCAAAAUAAAUUAAUUUUUACAGCUUGCCAAACGGGGCUAUUAGUGUGGUCAAUAAAAAGAGUAUCACAUAAAUUAGAAAGGACGGAUUAUUUAUUUUAGGCAAUCUUUGAACCUCUAAUUUAGGUCUUUGCAAGGAAAGAAAGCUAGCUGCAAAUGGAGUUUUGCCCAGAUUGUUCAAUGUUACUGCAAUAUGAGUUGCCUCAUAUGGAUCGUCCAGCCAGAUUCUUUUGCCCUUCGUGCCCUUUUGUAUGUAACAUAGAGACUCGGCUUAAGCUGAAGAAAAAGCAAGCUUUAGUAAAGAAACAAAUGGAUCCAGUUAUUUCGACAGAUGACAUGGAGAAUGCUUCAACAGCUGAAGUGCCAUGUCCAGCGUGUGGUUACAGGGAAGCAGCAUAUUAUCAAGUGCAAAUAAGAUCAGCAGAUGAGCCCAUGACUACAUUUUACAAAUGCAAGAAUAAGAUGUGUGGCAACAAUUGGAGAGAAGACUAAAAUGGUUUAGGACAACUGUAUCCUUCAAUAGUUUUCUGGGAUAAUUUCUCGAUUUGUGCGUUUCAUGCUUCGCGCAAGGGCCAUGCUGUUCUUCUCUGCAUCAUUCCAAUUUUGUCGGAUAUCCCCCAGAGGGACAUGUAUCGUUCAAUAGUUGUGUACUCUAAAAUCCAAGCUUUGGUCCCAAGAGUCUAAUUUGAACUUUUUGCUAGGAAAUUUUGUCAGAAUGCUGUAAUAAGGUGCCUAAAUGCUAGGAUUUUGUAGUGUUUUACUUUCCAAUUGAACAAUUACUGUUAUGAACUAAAUUAAAUUGUAGUACAACAGCAAAAUUUUGUAGAUUACAGGAAUUUUUGUUCUAAUUUUA